AUGCCGUCACUUAUACCUCGCGAAGAUGCUCCGGCAGCUGAAUCUCGCAAGCUCGUCAUCGGCGCUCCCUUUCAGAUCCUAACUGCCGAUUUUGAUGGGUCCAAGUUCUCCAUAACCGGAAACCAUACCGCUUCUGGGACAGGACCCAGCUGGCUACUCUUCAAGGAACCAAAUCUCCUGUACGCUGUCAACGAGAACGCCAACGACACUAGUCUUUUCACGCUCGACUCGGGCAAGCCGACUCUUGCUUCUGCCGCGAAUGGUACAUCCGGUGUAGUCUUCCUCGAGUUCAACGGCGAUAAGACCCGCAUGGUUGGCGCCGGUUAUGGCAGUGGUACUAUUGACGUCUGGGAUGUCUCGGCCGCCGAUGGCAGCAUGAAGCACCUCAAGAGCGUCAUUGUUCCGGGAGAGCCUAACCCUGCUCAAGGAGCUCACCACCCGCAUCAAGCUCUCCUCGACCCAACUGGCCGAUUCUUUGUCAUUCCUGACCUGGGCGGCGACACGGUCCUGGUGCUCGACAGCAAGGAUGACCGAUAUGAGUUUACCGGCAACGCAACUCUACCUACCGGAACUGGACCUCGCCACGGCGGCUUCAUCUCGGACGGAGACGACCACUACUAUACGCUAGCUUCCGAGUUAACCAGCGAGCUCUUCCUAUUCAAGCUCACCUACACCGAAGACUCGAUCAGCUUCAAGCAGCUCCAGAAGCAGAGUACCUACGGCGCCGUCCCAGCGGCCAACUCCACCUCCGCGGCCGCGGGUGAGCUUGUCGUUGCCGCAAACCAGAGGGAUGUAUACGUGUCGAACCGAAUCAGCGGCAACGAGACAGACAGCAUCGCACACUUCGUAUUCAAGAAGGGCACCAGCAAGUGCAGCGCCGCUCACCUCGACUUCGCCGACACUAUUUCGUCCGGCGGCCUGCGCCCGCGCAUGUUCAGCCUGAGCAAGGAUUCCGACCAGACACUGGCCUUCGUCACGAACCAAGGCGGUGACAACGGUCUCCUCGCUUUCAAGCGCAACAAGGACUCGGGCUCCCUCGACCCGACGCCCGUCGCUACCAUUCCCUACAAGUCGCUUGUAGCCCCCGAGCUCGCGGCUACCGAUCUAAUGGGCCCGCAGUUCGUGCAGGAGAUUUAA